UAAACCGAUAUUCUAAAAUCGGCAACACUAAAACCAAACAAGCUAUAUGUAAUAGUCCUAAAACUUGUAUGUAGGAGUUAAUCAGUUAUUCCAUAAAUUACACAUUUGCCAGUACAUAAAGGAGAGACUGAGAUUUUAUGAAUCGAACAAGAACAAAUUAAUUGAUAUUUGCAAAUGUGUAGUAGCGGACAAUGAGGUCAAUUUGUGAAGAGCGAUGGAUUGCAAUUGUUGGUUUUGUGGUAGUUUUUUCUUCAGCAACCAUAUUGGCAGCAUGCCCUUACAAAUCAAUCUUCAGCUUCGGUGAUUCAUUUGCAGACACUGGCAACUUGUAUUUUAGCUCCCACCCACCUUCCCAUCACUGCUUUUUCCCUCCCUACGGUCAAACCUUCUUUCACCGGGUCACCGGACGCUGCUCCGAUGGCCGCCUCAUAAUCGAUUUCAUCGCUGAGUCACUGGGACUUCCACUGCUGAAACCAUAUUUGGGAAUGAAGAAGAAGAAUGUUGUUGGGGGAGCAAAUUUUGCUGUUAUUGGAGCCACGGCGUUAGACUUAAGCUUCUUUGAAGAGAGGGGCAUUUCUAUCCCUACCCAUUAUUCUUUGACAGUUCAAUUGAAUUGGUUCAAGGAACUGCUUCCUUCUCUCUGCAAUUCUUCCGCAGACUGCCAUGAAGUAGUUGGAAACUCAUUAUUUCUUAUGGGUGAAAUUGGAGGAAAUGAUUUCAACUAUCUUUUAUUUCAACAAAGGAGCAUAGCAGAGGUUAAAACAUUUGUGCCGUAUGUGAUCAAGGCAAUAACUUCAGCUGUCAACGAGUUGAUUGGUUUAGGGGCUCGCACGCUCAUAGUUCCUGGGAAUAUACCAUUGGGAUGUAGUAUAACGUAUUUAACAAUCUAUGAAACCAUGGAUAAGAACCAAUAUGACCAAUAUGGGUGCUUGAAGUGGUUAAAUAAGUUCGCCGAAUAUUACAACCAAAAGCUCCAAAGUGAAUUACAUAGGCUUCAGGGACUUCACUCUCAUGCUAAUAUCAUUUAUGCUGAUUAUUACAAUGCCAUAUUGUCAUUAUAUCGUGAUCCCACAAUGUUUGGUUUUACUAAUCUUAAAACCUGUUGUGGAAUGGGAGGUCCAUAUAAUUACAACGCAUCAGCAGAUUGUGGGGAUCCAGGAGUGAAUGCUUGUGAUGAUCCUUCUAAGCAUAUUGGAUGGGAUGGUGUUCACCUGACUGAGGCUGCAUAUAGAAUAAUUGCUCAAGGUUUAAUAAAAGGACCAUAUUGUCUCCCCCGAUUUAAUACCUUGUGCUUGAUAAACACUAGUUAUGGCCAUUUCAAUAGCUAAAAUGUAUCUUUGAUGAAAUGAAGUGAAAUAAAUUCAAUGUAGCUAACACUAUAACAUGAUUUGCAUAAGACGCCCAUAUCUUUCAAUAAUAAUAUAACUGUUAGUUUCAUUUC